CUCCUUCAUUCCUGCUCUCUCUCCAAGUGUGACCCCCCCUUUUUUUUAUUUUCUAUCCGCCCCUGCUCCUCCAUCCCGCACAUACGUCGCCGGCUUCUUCUUUCCUCGGCCGAUGUCGAUCUUCGAGUACAAUGGGAGCGCCCUUGUGGCAAUGGUGGGCAAGAACUGCUUCGCGAUCGCGAGCGACCGGCGCCUCGGCGUUCAACUCCAGACCAUCGCCACCGACUUCCAGAGGAUCUUCAAGAUCCACGAUAAGCUCUAUAUUGGCCUCUCCGGCCUCGCCACCGACGUCCAAACCCUGUACCAGCGGCUUGCCUUCCGCCACAAGCUCUAUCAGCUGCGAGAGGAGAGGGAUAUGAAGCCCGAGACCUUCGCCAGCCUCGUCUCCGCUCUUCUUUAUGAAAAAAGGUUUGGUCCAUACUUUUGCCAGCCAGUAAUCGCUGGAUUAGGAGAUGACAAUGUGCCAUUUAUUUGUACUAUGGAUUGCCUCGGUGCCAAGGAGCUUGCUAAAGACUUUGUUGUUUCUGGUACAGCCUCAGAGUCUCUUUAUGGUGCUUGUGAAUCCAUGUACAAGCCUAACAUGGAACCAGAGGAAUUAUUUGAGACAAUCUCACAAGCACUGUUGUCUUCCAUUGAUCGUGAUUGUUUGAGUGGUUGGGGAGGACAUGUUUUUGUGGUGACUCCAACCGAAGUGCAAGAACGAACAUUGAAGGGUCGAAUGGACUAAUUCAAUGUGAACUGAAUACUGGUUAUAUUUUCUCUCAAAGCUGCUUUUUUAAGCCUCCAAUUGCACAACUGACAGUUGAUUUCCAUCGAGACUGUAUUUUAUUAGACUGUUUUAGUUAAACUUGAGAAUUAAUUUUCACCCUUAUAGUGUGGUUAUAUUAGAAUUCAGCAUGAAAUUUGGUUAUGGAUUGUCCUGAGUCUCGACUUUGAUUGGCUCGGUUAGUUCGUGGAGCUUCAGAAACAUGUAAAAUUCAGGGAGCAGGAUUUGUCACAUGUUAUUUAUCAAGUUCCGCAUAUUCCUCUUU